AUCUCUCCCUCUCUCUCACUGCGCGCAGUGCAGCAGCAGCGGCUUCCCCCCCGAAAGCAACCACAGUCACGUCGCAAUCGCCAGCACCACCACAAAAACGCAUCGCACGCAGACCCCGUCGCACUCCUACUCCUCCUCCCUUCCCUCGCUCCUGCCCGUCACAUGGACACGGAGCGGCGGCAGCGGCACUGGUGCCCGUGCUAGCUGCGGCGACGAGCUCGCAGCGGUGGUGGCCCGGACUUCUUGGCCCCGGCUGGCUGUUGCCUGAAAGGUGGUGCCUUUGGGGCCUGGGAGGGACAAGGCUUCGGAAGGUUCCCUCUUGCGGACUCGCGCGGGACGGGAUGGCGCUGCUGCCGCGGUGGUCGGCGGCGGCGGCGGUGCUGGUUCUUGCGGCGGCGGCGGCGGUUGAGGCCGGAGGAGGAGGGGGAGGGGACGGGCGGGCGCUGAUGGCGGUGAAGGCCGGGUUCGGGAACGCGGCCAACGCGCUCGUGGACUGGGACGGCGGCCGCGACCACUGCGCCUGGCGCGGGGUCGCCUGCGACAGCGCCUCCUUCGCCGUCGUCGGCCUGAACCUGUCAAAUCUAAACCUAGGAGGGGAGAUCUCGCCGGCUAUAGGGGAGCUCAAGAGCCUACAGUUCGUUGAUCUCAAGCUGAACAAGCUCACAGGCCAAAUCCCAGAUGAGAUUGGGGAUUGUGUCUCCUUAAAAUAUCUGGAUUUGUCUGGGAACUUGCUGUAUGGAGACAUCCCCUUCUCCAUCUCCAAGCUCAAGCAGCUUGAGGACCUGAUUUUGAAGAACAACCAACUCACGGGACCCAUCCCUUCCACGCUGUCCCAGAUUCCAAAUCUCAAGACCCUGGAUCUAGCUCAGAACAAACUUACCGGUGACAUCCCAAGGCUCAUCUACUGGAAUGAAGUACUGCAGUACCUAGGCUUGAGGGGUAAUUCACUGACUGGAACUUUGUCAACUGAUAUGUGCCAACUGACUGGCCUGUGGUACUUUGAUGUAAGGGGGAACAAUCUCACAGGAACCAUUCCAGAGGGCAUAGGGAACUGCACUAGCUUUGAGAUUCUGGAUAUUUCAUACAAUCAAAUCUCUGGAGAAAUACCUUACAACAUAGGAUACCUUCAAGUAGCCACACUGUCACUUCAAGGAAAUAGACUGACUGGGAGAAUUCCAGAAGUGAUUGGCCUCAUGCAGGCUCUUGCUGUCCUAGACCUGAGUGAGAAUGAACUGGUAGGGCCGAUUCCUCCUAUACUUGGCAACCUAUCAUACACUGGCAAACUUUAUUUACAUGGCAACAAACUUACUGGACACAUACCACCAGAACUGGGGAACAUGAGUAAACUUAGCUACUUGCAGCUGAAUGAUAAUGAACUAGAAGGCACCAUUCCAGCUGAGCUUGGCAAGCUCACAGAAUUAUUUGAAUUAAAUCUUGCCAACAACAAUCUUGAGGGUCAUAUUCCUGCAAACAUCAGUUCUUGCAGUGCACUGAACAAAUUCAAUGUGUAUGGCAAUAGACUGAAUGGCUCUAUCCCUGGUGGUUUCCAGAAGUUGGAGAGCUUGACAUACUUGAACCUUUCUUCAAACAAUUUCAAAGGCCAGAUUCCUUCUGAACUUGGUCACAUAGUCAACUUGGACACACUGGAUCUUUCCUACAAUGAAUUCUCUGGACCAGUUCCUCCCACUAUUGGUGAUCUCGAGCAUCUUCUUCAAUUGAAUUUGAGUAAAAACCAUCUUAUUGGAUCUGUGCCUUCUGAAUUUGGAAACUUGAGAAGUGUUCAAGUAAUCGACAUAUCCAGCAACAACUUGUCUGGUUAUCUCCCUGAAGAACUUGGGCAGUUGCAAAACCUUGAUAGCUUGAUUCUUAGCAACAACAAUUUGGUUGGGGAGAUCCCUGCUCAGCUGGCUAACUGCUUCAGCUUAAUUACCUUGAAUUUGUCAUACAACAACUUUUCUGGACACGUCCCAUCGGCAAAGAAUUUCUCAAAAUUCCCACUGGAUAGCUUCGUGGGUAAUCCUAUGCUUCACGUGUACUGCCAAGACUCCAUCUGUGGACAUUCUCAUGGAACAAAAGUUAAUAUUUCUCGGACAGCAGUUGCUUGCAUUAUUCUAGGCUUCAUCAUAUUACUCUGCAUUAUGCUGCUGGCAAUAUACAAAACAAAUAAGCCACUUCCACCUGAGAAAGGAUCUGACAAGCCAGUGCAAGGACCACCAAAGCUAGUAGUCCUUCAAAUGGACAUGGCUUCCCAUACCUAUGAAGAAAUUUUGAGGUUGACUGAGAAUUUUAGUGAGAAAUACAUCAUUGGUUAUGGUGCAUCAAGUACUGUGUACAAAUGCGAUCUCAAGAGCAGCAAGGCCAUUGCUGUCAAACGGCUCUACAGUCAGUAUAACCAUAGCCUCCGUGAAUUUGAGACAGAACUGGAGACGAUUGGUAGCAUCCGACACAGGAAUCUCGUCAGCCUUCAUGGCUUCUCACUCUCUCCUCAUGGAAACUUGCUCUUCUAUGAUUACAUGGAAAAUGGUUCCCUGUGGGACCUUCUUCAUGGUCCAUCAAAGAAGGUGAAGCUUGAUUGGGACACAAGGCUGAAGAUCGCAGUGGGUGCUGCGCAAGGACUGGCCUACCUUCACCAUGACUGCAACCCUCGCAUAGUCCACAGGGAUGUCAAGUCCUCAAACAUCCUGCUCGAUGAGAACUUUGAAGCGCACCUCUCUGAUUUCGGCAUUGCCAAAUGUGUUCCGGCUGCCAAGUCCCAUGCCUCUACCUACGUGUUGGGAACCAUCGGCUACAUUGAUCCAGAGUAUGCCCGGACGUCAAGGCUCAAUGAGAAAUCUGAUGUCUACAGCUUUGGCAUUGUCCUUCUGGAGCUGCUCACCGGGAAAAAGGCCGUCGACAAUGAAUCCAACUUGCAUCAAUUGAUACUCUCAAAGGCUGAUGACAACACGGUGAUGGAGGCUGUGGACUCGGAGGUGUCGGUGACGUGCACGGACAUGAACCUGGUCCGGAAGGCCUUCCAGCUCGCCCUGCUGUGCACCAAGCGGCACCCCGCCGACCGUCCGACCAUGCACGAGGUCGCGAGGGUGCUGCUCUCCCUCCUGCCGGCACCCGCCGUGAAGCCUCCCACGACCAAGGGGGCGGCCGGCGACUACACCCGCUUCCUGGCGACGACCACGGCCGACAUGAAGCACGACGUGUCCGACGACAUCGGCGACAACAGCUCCUCCGACGAGCAGUGGUUCGUGCGGUUCGGCGAGGUCAUAUCCAAGCACACAAUGUCAUGAUUCCCCUUUGCUCCGUCUCUCUAACUCUAGGGCCCCAAAUUUUUUUUCUCUCAAGUAGAGAUCCAAGUAAGAAGGUAGUAAAACCAUAGUAGCACAGUGCAGGAAAUAGGUGUAGGAUUCGCAGUAGAUGGUGUCCAUUGUUCCUCUUGAUGUUCGGUUCAGGAGCGUCCAAAUGGAAGAAGAUGAUGUGGGGGCAGGAUGGGGAUUGCUGUGGCAGUUCUUGGUGUAAUCACGACACGAGUGGGGUGGAUGGAUCUGUCAGAGGUGUCCCGUGAGCGCCAUGAAUCUGAAGCAUUCAUGCGCUUGCGAUUCAGAGCUAGGACAUGGAGUUUCUUGGAUCCUGGAGAAGGCAUUGAAUUGAACCAUGCGCCCGGCAUUGAACAGGCCGGGCUGUUGUAAAUGAAAUGCAUCACCUUUUUUUUUGACUGGUAUUUAUGAGUUGCUCUGCCUCUCUCU